AUGGAGAUGAAGGGAGCUUUUUUGCGUGAAGAAGAAGAUAGGCGCGUAGGGCUGAGAUGGUCACGCGCUACUGUUCACAGUGAUAAUGGCGAAGAGGUUCUUAUUCAACUCAAUAAUUUCAUCAUGCAACAGGCCAUUAGUGAAGUAAUAUGCAUGGAUCUUGGAUUUCAGUUGUGGAACUCCCCUGUUACAGUCACCAUACUUUUACAGGAAGUAAUAGCAGUGUACCCCAACUUCUUAAACUCAACAUUAACCAUGAAGGAAUCUGCUCGAAUUUCUAAUGCUCUUAUUGUAUUUCAGUGUAUGGCGUAUCACCCAGAGGCAAGAAUGUGGCUCCUCAAAGCAAACAUACCAUAUUAUCUUUACCCCUUUUUCCAAAUUUCAACAAAUGUGAUGAAGCCUCUGCAAUUUAGCAUCUUGUCUCUUAUUGCUGCCCUAGCAGAGCUAGUGCAAUUUGAUGAGCAAUAUGGGCAAGACACUCUUCUUUCAUUGCUAGAUACACAAGUAUUUCCUUUAUGCCUGCACUGUAUCCGUUAUGGUGAUCAACCGAUACGUAAGGUUGCAACACUCAUCCUUAUGAAAAUCUUGAUGCAAGAAAAUGGGAUAAAAUAUUGUUGUGCUCUUCCCUCUCGUUGUUUGUCCGUGAUACAAGUCCUGCAUCAACUGGUAGACACAUUUGCUUCUGAAAUCCCUUGCUCACAGCAGCUAAAAUAUGUUGUUCAAUGCUACCUAAGUCUUUCACGAGUAGCAUGGGCAGGCGGGGUAUAUGAAAGAGUGAGAGAAAUGGUUCCUCUACAGCUAAUUGAAAACACUUUUCACAAUAUUAUUGAUCAAAAAGAUGCAGAGAUUCCAAAAAUGCUGAAUCAGUUAGUGCGGAAUCUGAAUCAUCGACCACCUCAAUAA